AUGUUGAGCUCAUCGGCUUUCAGGGGCAGACCUAAUGUAGACCCGAUCCCUCACUUGACUCGAUUCAAGCUACUAUGUCAAUCGGUGAGUACAGUCUGCGGAGUUACCGAUGAGUCUCUCAUGCUCAUGGCUUUUCCAUUCUUCUUAACGGAUACUGCUCUGGAAUGGCUCUACACACUACCUCCAGAUUCCAUAUUCUCAUGGGAACAGUGCAAGAAAAGUUCAUGCAGCGGUUCUUCCCCGCUAGCAAGACCUAGCUCGCGAAACAACAUAUUAACUCAUUUUUGCAGGAACCUGAUGAAUCCUUACGUGAAGCUUGGGAUCGCUUUCAAGGAUACCAGAGAACAUGUCCUCACCAUGGAUGGGAUAAAAGAAACGUUAACCUCAAAGACAGUCGUGCAGGUUGAGAAUGCCCAUCAGAUCUCAAGCUUAGACACAUCAGCCAACGGGUACAUGAUCGGAGAUGUCUACUACGUAGAUAAGAACCUGGUCUUUCUCAAGGAUAUCAACCUCGAGCUCGAGCCCCCGCAGCAUCAAAAUCAAUCCAUUCAACACUUCCCAACACAUCUUCAAUAUCAGCAGAAUUACGCUCCGUCUCCGCCUCCAUCACAGGUAGAUUCUGCCCUCGAUCUUAAAUCUAUGUUUGCACAGCUUAUGCAGGGUCAAGAAGCUAUUCGCACCGAGAUACAUAAACAUCAACAAGAGACUGACGCCCACUUGAAGCUUGUCGAUAACCAGAUAGCUCAACUCGCAGCCUCUAUACCUUCGCGACCUCAAGGAUCACUUCCCGGGAAACCCGAGACAAAUUCUAGAGAGCACUGCAAUGCAGUGUUCUUGAGAAGCGGGAAGCAACUUGAGUAUGUCAUCCCCCCUACUCCUGAAAAAGAGGCCAGCCAGUUUAAGCACUUCACGAACAUGAUAAAGAAAUUGGAGGUCACAAUACCUUUUCAUGAGGUAAUCACUCAAAUGCCCUCUUAUGCCAAAUUUCUCAAGGAUAUUCUGGCUAGGAAGAAGACACUAGAGAACGAGGCAGUAGCAUUAACCAAAGAGUGCAGUGCCGUUUUUCAACAUGAUCUGCCCCGAGCAAGCGUAAGCCUAAUGCCAUUGUCGAUCUUCAAGAGACUAGGUGUGGGUGAACUCAAACCCACACAAAUGAUAUUACAGUUGGCAGAUAGGUCGACCGAACGGCCUGCAGGUAUACUAGAGGAUAUGCCACUUAAGGUGGGUGAUUAUUACAUACUUGUCGAUUUUUUGGUUCUUGACAUGGAUGCAGAUUCAAGCAUGCCUAUCAUUUUAGGGCGUCCCUUUCUCAACACAGCAGAUGUCGUCAUCCACGUCAGAGCGGGUCGUCUUACUAUGUCCAUUGGAGACAAGACAAUAGAAUUCAUGCUCAAACAAAAUGACAAUCCAGACGACAGUGUGAAAUCUAUUUGUUCAGUUUACAAGCUCAAAACGCCCAAGAACCAGGACCACAAACACAAGGUUAAGAGAGGACCAGAUCCAGAUAGGACAAAAGGUGUGGAGCAGGUCACUAACUCUUCAGAUUUUCGUGAGAACUGGCUCGAAUCUCAUGCAUCACCACCAGAUUUUUCUCUACUAGGUAUGCCUCAUUUCUCAAACUCCUUUCAUUGUAGAGAUGCUCUUAAACUUCAUGAUCCAGGUUGGCAGAAGAUGGAUAAUCUUUGCCCGUUAGACCCAUCCAGUAGUUGA